AUGCCGCUGCUUGAUUUCCGCGUUGUUGGAAAGGUGGCGCUGGUUGAAGUGAACACAUUUCAAACCAGGGUCUGGGUUGAAGCUCAGUCCUCUGGGAAUAAGCACUUGAACUUGGAGAUCCAGGCGCUGCAGAGAAGAGAAGAUAAGUCAGAGCUUCUGAGAGAGCUGUUAGACAAGUCCAAGUGUGCCGUGCUAACAUCGCCCAGUGCCUGCUCCAGAAGUGCUUUGGAGGGCAAAGCGAUUUACAGGCCUUCAGCCGCCCAGCUGCAACACGGCAUCUGGGCCGGCGACAGUGCAGAAAUGGAAGAACAGGAACCUUCUCCUGCUGGCGUGGAUCCAUGCCGAGUUUCGCGCCCGGAGGGCCUUCGCACGCCCAAAUGGUCCUACGAAAAUCGUUUCGACUUCCACAUGGACGAGAAUAUGAUGAUGGCUUCCGUUGUGCAUCGUCCAGGUUGGGAAGUUUUGACAGCAUGCCGAUUCAGUGGCCGGCAUCUGUCAUGGAUGGGCCUUUUGGUGUUGGGUUUUGGCUGGGGGGUGGAAGGCUCUGAGAAUUUGUUAAGACCUUUACCUGAGCCCCAAUUUGCCAUUCCUGAGCACCGAUUUCGCCCCACGCCUACGUCUGUUGUUAGAAAGUUUCGGCCGCAACCAGUGAUGAAAAGCGUGGACAAGGACAGGAUGAAAGCCAUUGCAUUGUGGCAGUACAUUGUUGUUACUGCGGCUAGUGCGUCCACUCUGGCGAGGAUGCUGGAGGCGGCUAGCUCUGAAGAUGAGGUAUCAGCCACGUUACAGGACACCUUUGCCAAGAAAGCCACUUCGACUUUGAAAUCGAGGGCAGGUUCAGUGCUGCUCUUCAUCAGGUGGGGCGUCGCGACGUUUGGAGAAUGUCAACUGUUCCCCUUGAUAGAGCUGCAACUGUAUAGGUAUGUCACUUUCCUCAGAUUGAAUGCUGCUCCGCCUUCCAGAGCUGAAAGGUUCGUACAGGCUGUGAGAUUUUCCUUCACUCUGCUGGGCGGUGAUGGUACGCUAUCUUCGAUUUCUGCCAGGGUGACUGGAGCGACUUCUGAAGGAAUCGACCGCAAACCUCUCAGGAAGAAGCUGCCUUUUAGCAGACAACAACUGCUCAGGUUGGAAGCUUUGGCCUGCGGGGAACCCUCACACAUUGCAAUAUUUGCUGGAUUUAUUUGCCUUCUCGUGUAUGCCAGGUUGAGAUUUUCCGAUGCACAAAUGGCUUAUGAUGAGCCCACGGUGCAGGAAGGUGAAAACUACAACCUGCUGGAGAUGCAACUCAGAUUGAUUCCGGUAUUCGCAAUCAGCCCGGGGCUGAUUGAAGAGUGCUGGGCGACGAAGUGGCUGCAGAACAGAAGAACCAUGGGUCUUCAUGCCUCUGAAAGCGAACCAUUGAUGAGGUGCCCGAUCCUUGGGAACGAGUUCUCUCCCAAGAAGCUAGCGAGUGCAGAUGCCUGCAUUUGGUUGAGAGAAAUUCUCUCGGAUGUAACCACCACAAACGAUUUGCAAGAUGUGGGCACACACUCCAGCAAGGCUACAAUCUUGAGCUGGCUGUCCAAAUCGAGUGCAGAUCGGGAAAUGUGCAGACGGGCCGGGUAUCACGUCGGGAAAGAUGGGAAGAGCGAGCUGGAAUACGCCCACGACGCUGCGGCUCCAAUGGUCAACAGAAUCGCACUGACAAUGGCCAUGGUGAGGCUUCAACUGUUUCUUCCUGAUCAACCGAGGUUGCAGAGGUGGAGCCAAUGCAGUGACUUCGAAUCAGCAGUGCCGUUGGUAGGUUGGAAAGCACAAGAGCCUCCACACAAAAGACCGAAGGCGAAGAACCCGAGCACCGUUGGGUCCCUGCUCAGAUGCACAUCAUCUGAAUCGGGGUCUUCGUCCAGUGAGACCGACAGUACAGGCUCGUCAGAUGAAGAGAAUGAAGUGGACCAAGCCGAGGUACACGCGGAUUCGAACACACAGGUUGACAAUUUCGAGGACGGGUAUGUGUACUACAAGCACGCCGCGAGAUGCACGGUCCACAGGGCAGUCAACAACAAUGAUGACGACGCAGUGGUGUUCGUUUGUGGUCGACUGGCUUCGAUGGCCCACCGGGAGAUAGGGAAGAGACCGGGAGUGAUCUUGAACCCCUGUGCAUCAUGUUUCAAGGGGGACAUGCCACAAGAGCCUCCUGCCUGA